AUGAAACCGCGUAAAGCUUAUGAAGGUACAAUUAGAAGUAUCCUGGUCACUUUACGGUGCCUCCACUACCUAAAGAGAAAUCCAACCUCAUCAGAAAAAUCUCUGUGGGAAAAUGUGCAAGGUAUUUUCAGGUAUGGCCUUUUUCAUUCUUAAUUUUAAUCAAUGUUAUUUCUAUGCACCACCCUCUCACGUUAUGUUUUUUUGUUAUUGCCUAAAUGUACAGCCAUUCUGAAGUUAGUGCCUCUAAGAAGGAUCUUUUAAAUCAUCUUGGAUUCAUUAAGAUGAUGGUUAAGAGAGACAAAAAAUUAUUAAGAUCACAGGUACUACCACCAUUGCUAUUUCCUUUAAGAGCGAAGAUUAUAGAUGUUUAUUAUCUGGUAUCUGGGUAUCAAAGACAGGUUUCUCUGCUAUGACAUCAAAGUGUCUCUAAGCCUGUCUAAUGAUUUCCUUAAGAUCUUGAAAGCAUUCUAGGUUCAAAGAACUUCACAAUUCGUUGAACAUGCAUAGAAUUGUCCUGGAUUUUGGUCACCUACUGAGUUUUUCUGGAAAAUAUUAAGGGAAUACUAAGUAGUUUGCAGACUUUUUCACCAGAAGCCUAUAUUUUAUUUUAUUUUCAGUGGUAAAGGUGAUAUUUUGUGAAAAAAUGAAUUUAUAAAAUACAUUCUUCGACUUCUCCUAGAAGGCAAUAUUUCAUAAUACAUUCUUUCUACUGUUGGGCUGAUCUUGAAAAUUUAUUCUAUAUCAAAUACAACUGGGAAUCACAAUUUGAGCAAGCCUUCCAUGAAAGGUGAUACUAGCAAUUCUUUGGAAAAAUAUCGAAUCCAAUUGCUGAAAAAGUUUUUAAAUCUAAUUGUAAAGAUAAUGUAAUCUGUACGUAUUACUCAAAAGAACUACACGGGCUUUCCUUUGGGGGAGAGGAGGCUGUUUAUUCUUUGUUUAAAUUUCUCAUUUGUAAGAAUGAUCAACAACAGGAUGUGCCACGUCAUUUGAUUUCGCAGUAAAUGAGCAUGGUGGGAUCAUGAUGCCCUUCAAAAUGUGUGCUGAAAUCCUUUCACUGUUGCAGAAUAAUGGAAAAAAGCUUGUGUGAAUGAGUUCUGCAAACAUUUUUGACUUAAACGUAGUAGUAUCCAUGCAAAACCUGUUGACAAAGCUCUGAAUUCUGCUGUUAGAGAGAUGUAAUUUGUAGAAUUCUUCACGGAAAAAGAUAACAACUCUUUAGUUUCUAAGGAUCGCUCCCCGUUAAAUUCCUUGAGUUACCUCGUCAUUUCCUUCAGGAGUCUAGUUUUUUGUGGAUACCAUGAGACCAUAGUGCCAUUGUUGAAGGGAGAGGAGGAUAAAUGUCAAGAGCUUCGGCAUUUUUGAGUUCAUUUGAGUGCCUGAAUGUAUGGACACAGAUGUAAGUUUCAGGCUUGCACAACAACGGUUUUAGAGGUAGUUUUGACUCCAUCUUUCUGUUGCUUGCAAUAAGCAGGAAGAGUCUCUCGAGGCUCUUUCGCUAGUAAUGGUCGAUACCUCAUCAUCUAUAGUCGAGAAUCGGGUUACGAAUCGCAAGAGUCGAACAAAAAUUUCUUGAUGACAUUAAGUUGAUCCAAAAAGUCGGCGGAAAAGCCCAGUAACUUCUCAAUGAGAAGACCUAUAUAUGCGGUUAAAUUCGUCCAAGAUACUGGAGUUAUGGAGUUUUGAGAGAUUAGGAGAAUUUUUCCUUCCACCAUGAACCCAUCUGUUGCCCUCCUUCAUUAUAUUGCCAAUAAUACAUUAGUGGGAUGAAUACUGUUUCAUUUAUCUUAGAAUCUACUUUAUAUAUUCUCUCUAAAACUGUUUCAUUUUGUGUGAGCAGUUAUUGUGCAGAUAUCUUGAUGAUUUGCCUAGAAUAUGCACUUUCAGUAAGGUUAGUAUUACUAUCUGUCUUCAUCAACUUCAUUUACCAAGGAUGAUGUAUCAGAUCCUGACAGAUGGUUUAUUUGUCAUAUUGAUGGUCUGCCAAAUCUUCAUGUUGGUUAGAAGUUACAGAAAAUAGGAUUUAUCAAUGAUGGCGACCUUAUUAGUUAUGAUGAGGAUGCUGAGAACGAUGAUGGAGAUGACUGUUUCGACACUGUUUGUGCGAUCUGUGAUAAUGGGGGUGAAGUUUUGUGGUAAGGAUUGUUGUGGUCUUACAUUUGGCACUUAUUCACACAAUUCCCUAUGUGAAAUAUUCCAAACAGUUUUCUAUCUUUCAGUUUGCCCCUCUCUGUUCCAAAUUUUGUCACAUGAUUCAGAGUAGGGCUGUUUUGUCGUCUGAUGUCUUCCGUAUAUUCCUCCAUCAUGGCAUGGCUCACUGGUCAUUUUAUCUAGGUGGCUUUUGGAACUACUUAUGGAGGAGAUUUGAGUCAUUGGAAUCCCUGAACAGGGUUAGGCUGUUCCAAAUUAGCUGAGGUUUUCUUGUGAAUACGAUUGAAAUAUUAUAAACUGGAGAUCUUCCCUAUAAUCCACUGAAGGUUUGAUUUUUCAUUAUUAUUACUCUGAAGGAGAAAAAUGAUUAGGACGCAAAGAGAUGAGCAUUUACGUCAGAAUAUAAGACCGAAAUAAUAGUUUUAGCCGUAUAUUAUCCUACUUUAUAAAUCUUUGUCAAGUACAUGAGGGAUAGUUAUUAACCCAGUACGAAUGCCUACUUGUAUGAAAUCGUAAAUGAUUUGUUCCUUUUUUUGAAUGCAGUUGUGAAGGAAAGUGUUUUAGAUCCUUUCAUGCUACCAGAGACGCAGGUGUUGAUUCACACUGUGAAACUCUAAAAUACACUAGAGCACAAGUGCAUGUAAGUCUUUCUUUAUAGGGCCUGUAUUUCGUUUUUUUUGUUUUUCAGCAUCUUUUAACUUCUUUCUUUUCAAAAUGCAGGAUAUUCAGAAUUUCUUUUGUCCAAAUUGUUUACAAAAGAAACAUCAAUGUUUUGCUUGUGGGAAACUGGGGAAUUCUGAUAAUAAGUCUGAUCCAGAGGUUUGACCCAUGUGACAAUUUAAUCUUCCCCUUUUUUAUUUUAGUAAUUUAAAUUUCUCUUUUAUUUUUUUCCUUUGUAUGGAUUUUGGAUCGUACGUCUGCCUCCAUUUUCAUUUCAUUUUGCCCCUUUGUUUAAGGAUCUCUUAACCUGUUGGCAGGCAUGAUUCUCUGUUUAGACAUGAGUGUACUUCUUCACAUUAUAAUGUGAAGAGAUAAAAUAACAUAAUGUGACCUUUCUUUCAUGACUCUCAGGUUUUUCGUUGCAUAUCUGCAUCUUGUGGCCAUUACUAUCAUCCUCAUUGUGCUGCAAGUCUAAUUCAUCCAGACAGUAAAGCUAAAGCAACUGAACUAGAAAAAAUGAUCGCUUCUGGGGAAUCAUUUACCUGCUCUGUUCAUAAAUGUAUAGUUUGCAACCAAGGUGAAAAUAAAAACGUUACGGAGUUGCAAUUUGCCAUGUGUAGACGUUGUCCGAAGUCUUAUCACAGAAAAUGCUUGCCUAGGUAUUUCUUCUUAAAAUUCCUUGCGCUGGUUUAUGGGGUUCCUCUUUUGAUUCAUCCUUACCAUAUGAUGUAAAUCACAUGCAGGAAAAUUUCACUUGAGGAUAUUCCAGAAGAAGGCAUCAAACAGAGGGCUUGGGAUGGGCUGAUUCCGAACCGGAUCUUGAUAUACUGCUUGUAAAUGUUUAAUGUGUAUCGUGUGUUGGCCUCAAGAUCAGUGGAUUUCCUUUUAAUUUACUAUUCCUCAUAUUCACUUUGUCAGGAAUCACCGGAUUGAUGAGACUAUUUCAACACCAGUACGAGACCAUAUUUUAUUCCCAAUUGUUGAGAACAAAAGAAAAUACCUUUCACAUUCAAGCAAAGUCAAAGUUUUAGCAAAAAAAAAAACUGAAGUGUCCAGAGAAAGAUUUCCCAAGGUGAAAGAAACAGUCACAAGAGAGCCAUCUACUUUGGAAGCAAGAGGCAGCAUUUCCUCGGUGCAAGUUCAUGGCUAUUCUAAGGAUUCAACGUUUCCUGAUACGUCGAGAACUUUGUCAGAAGGUAUCAGAAAGAAGAAGUCUGUUCCAGAGAGGAAUAUUCCUGUAAGGGAUGAUAAGACAUGUUCAUCAGAGAUAAAUAACAAUUCGAACACCUCAAAAACUGAGGAAAAAGAGAAAUGCGGUGUUCCCUUCCCCGGCCAGAAAUUGAACAUCACACCUGCUCUAGCACAAAGUGAAGCCAGAAAAAGGUAUGUUUAUUUUCUCUAUCAUUUCCCUGGAAAACAAGGGCCUCUGUUAUUUUUACCUGACUGUGUCUGGGCUUCAUUUUUUUUUUUCAUUGCAAAGCAAGCCAUGCUUGAGCUUGUUGAAUGUUUUGACUGGUGAGCUUGCUAUGCAGAAUCAUGCUUCUGGUAAAUAAAGAAUCUUCCACGUCAUUGACAACAGAAAAUUUAUUGAAAAAGAAAAUUGCGCUGACUACUCAUGCAUGCAAUGCAAGAUAUAUCGAUAAGAACGUAACACGGGGAAAGAUUGAGGGUGCGAUUGAGGUUGUCUGUCCUUCAAUUGAUAUGUUAUUCUACGAUGUAUCCCUAACGAAUAUCGAUUUGCCAUAAUUUUAUCUGCAUUUUAACAUAUUUUAGGCUAUUCAAGCAGCUCUGCAUAAAUUAGAAAAUGGCUGCAGCAUUGAGGAUGCCAAAGCUGUAUGCGGACCUGAUAUUCUCAAACAAAUACUCAGGUGGAAGGUACCUCAGAUUAUUUUUCCUUUGCUUUCUGCAGUAGUAUGAGAUUUGAACAUUUAUGGGCGCAAUCUGAUGGCCAUUCCUUCAGUACUACGAGCAUACGAAAUAAUUUACUGGAAUUUCUGAAUAGCAGAUAUCUUAUGCUUUACAGCCAAUGACAUCUAUUUUUAGUGCUAUCUGAUUAUGCCAUUGUGUUUCUUUUUUCGCAGUAUUCUUUUUUGAUAGUCUAAUUCUUGUCUAUCGGGAAAUUAAUGUAUGAGUUAUGUUACCAAAGGUGGCUGGGCAGAAGCUUACACAGCUUUGGCUACCUGGACGGUCCCCCCGCUCCCUCUUUUCUGUCAAUUUUUUGGGGCUGCUGUUGAUGAAAGGGGUAGCUUGUUGGGACGGGAUAUGCAUUAGUUUUUCUAUCACCUACCAUAACUCCUAUUUAUGACGCUAUAACUUCACCAACAUGCUAUUAACCAGGGGAGACCCCGUUGGACUCCACUAGGUUGGCGAGUCGUUAUGCAUAAUGGAGCUAGUUAUUAAAAGUACUGAAAAAUCAACUCAGACCUGGGGUACUUGUGGGAGGGGAGGAAGAAAUGAGGCCCCAAGGAAAUAAGAGUUAAGUACUGAAAAAUCAUAUAAUUUGACAUCUUCAAAAAUGGUCUGGAUGGUAUUUAUAUUCGGAACUAAAAUCUUAAAAAAGAUGGUCUUUAUUAGCCCAAAAAGACUAAUUAUUUGAUAUUAAAGGAAAUUUUUUUUGCCGGACUUGUGAAAUCAUAAUAAGAGAAAUUUCUUUUAAUAUGACUUAUUUUACCUGGACGCUCACUUUUUUUCGUUCAGCAUAUAUUUAGUCUUUAAUAUAUUUACCUUAGUUUAUUAAUGGUUGCUGAUGCUCUAGUUGCCUUCUUGCUCGUCCCUCCUACCUGCUGAUGGCCAUAAUACCUUUAUUUCACUCUUUUCACAUUAUAUUCAUCUCCCCUGUGCACUUCAUUAGUGUUACCUAUAAGUUGUAAUGAAUCCCAUGUGAAUGGAGGUUUUAUAUAUGUUGUUCUUUCAAUGUGGGCCAGAACAAAUUUAGGGUCUACCUCGCACCUUUCCUCCAUGGCAUGCGCUACACAUCUUAUGGUCGUCAUUUUACAAAAGUGGACAAACUGAAAGAGGUAUGUAUUAUAGACUCACCGUUUUCAAAUUUGUCAUUCUGUGUUUCAUCUUUUUUAUUAUUAUUAUUGUUUUAGUUACUAAUUUUUAUUACUAGAGGGGAAGCCCACUGCUGAGCCUUAGGCAGCUAUUGUUGCUCUGCCUUUGUCUGUCCCACUUGUUAAAUGGCCAUGCUAUGACAUGGAGAUGUGGUAAAACCCAGAUCUAGUCUAUGUGACUGGCCAGGCAGUGAAUUAACCUCAGUGACGCGUUAGCGUCCAGAGCACACAGGGUUCAUUUCCACACUCUCCCUGUGAGGGUCCGAUAGCAGAAGCAACUGCCCCACUCCCCAGUUACAUUUUUUUUUUACUUAUUAUAAGAUUUUGAAAUCCUCAUAUUUCUUCGUGUAGGAUUAUUUUUCAUCCCAUUAUUUAACCCCCUGUUUCUCAUCAGAUGCACCAUUUUCGUGCAGAUUGUUGAGAAGCUACAUUGGUAUGUACAGAACGGUGACAUGGUAAAGAUCGCCCUCUUCUUGAAAAGGACUCUCCAUUGUGUUCAUCCAUUGCUUUCUUGCGGCUAUGCAUUGGCUUUUUCGGUAUUUACUGAUCCGCGGAAGGUUUAGGAUAUGCCUCAUCGAUUUUAGACUUUUAUUAUUUUUAUAUGAUCACCUUGUCACCAAAUAUGGAAUCUGUAUGAAGUUCAACUUCAUGAGGAGAGGUGGAAGCAUAUGCUUGCUAUAAUACUCCCCUUGGUAAUUGGUUCAUUUUACCUUGAAAGGUUAUAUGCUUCAGAAGCUUCUUUUUUUGUAGAGCCAAAAUCCCAAUGCAUGUGACAUUAGCUUAACAGUGAAGGUAUAAUGUGUAACAAAAUAUUGAAGCUCAUUAUCACUCAUUAUUAGUAACACCGCACUUAUAUUCAGAUUGGAUAUAAGUUCUGAUAUGCCCCGUUUAUCCAAGUAUCAGAGGUUGGAUUCUAGAUCCUGCUCCACGCUGAUAGCCAGGACAAUCUCGACGUCUAUAUUUGGGAAGCUCCUCACAUACCCACCUGCAUUGAGGUUACAGUUGAUACCGUAUCAGCUGGCGAUGGGAUUUCAGAUUGAUUGCCAACUGUAAAGCCUGCCCCUGUCUUUCAGAUUUCCACUGACUAUAAGCUGACCUUUAUUCCGGGAUAAGGCAUGACAGUGAUGACGGUAGUGAAGAUGAUUGUCAGAUACCUGUAAUUUUAAAACUAGUAGAUGGUGAACAGUAUAUUUAUCGGAAAUCUUCUCUAAUGUGCAAGUGGUUUUGACAGAUCGUUGACGUCUGCUGUGGAGCUAAUGAUUUCAGCCUGCUGAUGAGAGAGAAGCUCAGAGGAUGUGGGAAGAAAUGCUUGUUUAAAAACUACGACCUCUUUCAACCAAAGGUAUCUUCACCCACCCACUCAAUUGCCCAUAGCUUGCAGGAUGAUUCUAACUCUUUCACCAGCCUUCACUGUCUACAAAAUAGUCAGUACUUGCGACAUAGAAUUUCUUAAUUUGGUGGAAUUUGGCUCUUUUUUUUUGUUGCAGAACGAUUUUAACUUUGAAAAGAGAGACUGGAUGACUGUCCACCCUAGAGAGCUGCCCACAGGAUCUCAACUGGUACUGCUCCUAUCCUUUAGAAAAGAAUAGAAAAAAAAAACUAGGGAGUUAGCGUCACAUCGAAAAAAUCAUUCCAAAAUCCUCUGUUUUGAAACAGAUCAUGGGGCUCAACCCACCUUUUGGCGUCAGAGCUGCCCUUGCUAACAAGUUCAUAGAUAAGGUGCUGGAGUUCAAGCCUAAGCUUGUCAUUCUCAUCGUCCCAAAGGAGACCGAACGGUUACGAUGUUUUAUACCUUUUCUUCUUUUGGGUGUCAAAAUAUAUAUUUUUUAUUUUUUAUUCACAUGUGUCGAUCAUUACACCAGGCUAGAUAGAAAAGCGGUGCCGUAUGAUUUGAUUUGGGAGGACGAGCGUUCCCUUUCAGGAAAGGUACGACUUUCAUGAUGGCCCGCAUUCAUUCAGUAAUCUCUUUCGUUAUUCCUAUUGAAAAAUUAUUGAUUAAAUGACUCCGUUCCUUCGUCGAUAUGUUCAGUCUUUCUACUUGCCCGGGUCGGUUGAUGUGAAAGACAAGCUGAUGGAGCAGUGGAACGUGAGAGCUCCUUCGCUCUCCCUGUGGAGCCGCCCCGACUGGACGGCCAAUCACAGGGUCAUCGCUGCUGAACGCGGCCACUCCAAAAGCGAGCACGAGAAGUCCAAUCUCGAGAUCCCCGCCGAGAAUCCUCGUAAGAGGAGGAGACCAAACGAAGCGAUGGCGGUGGCGGCGGAGGAGCCACCGCUCGCCGGAGACAAACAGGCCCCCUACGACAUGGGCAUUUCCCCACCAAGUCGAACAGAUCACCAGCACCACCCUUCUGGAGGAGCCACCUGCAGAGAAGAAGACGCAGCCUGGCCCUUAAGCUUAUAUCAUCACCGACAGACGAACGGCGGCAGCAGAUGGGCCUACGGCGAGGAGCUGCCGGCGUCAGCUACAACAGCGCCUGCCUUGCCGGCGGCCACCCGCCGUUGGGUGCUGGCCCAUGCCGGGCAUGGUGCGGCGCCCUCCGUGCCUAGCGGGGUGGCAACGGCUAGCCCGUCGAGCUUCUACCAUGACCGGCCGGCGAGCGGCGGUGGCAGAUGGGCCUACGGCGAGGAGCUGCCAACGCCUGCUGCGACGGCGCCCACACACCGCGAGGUGCCGGGCCUUGCCGGGUAUGGUGCGGCGCCAUCAGUGACUAGCGGGGCGGCAACAACUGACCUGUCAAGCUUCCACCAUGACUGGUCGGCGAGUGGCGGCGACAGAUGGUCUCACGGCGAGGAGCUGCCGACGUCUAUUGCGACGGAGCCCGCAUGCCGCGAGGUGCCGGGCCAUGCCGGGAAUGGGGUGGCCCCAUUAGUGCCUAGCGGGGCGGAAACGGCCGGUCCGUCAAGCUUCUACCAUGACCGACCAUCGAGCAGCAGCAGCAGAUGGGCCUAUGACGAGGAGCUGCCAGCGCCGGCACGCCGCGAGACGCUGGGCUAUGCCGGGCAUGGUGCGGCGCCAUCAGUGCCUAGUUGGGCGGUAACGGCUGGCCCGUCAAGCUUCUGUCAUGACCUGGCGGCGAGCAGUGGUGCGAGCAGAUGGGCCUACGGUGAUGAGCUGCAGACGCCUGCCGAGACGGACCCCGCACGCCGCGAGGGGCAGGCUUAUGCCGGGCAUGGUACGGCGCCAUCAGUGCCUAGCAGGGCAGCGGCCGGCCGCUCAAGCUUCUACUAUGACUGGCCGGCGAGCGGCAGUGUCGGUGGCAAAUGGGGCAACGGCGAUGAGCUGCCGACGCCUGGGGCGAUGGCCGGUUCGUCCAGAUUCUACCAUGAGCGUCCGACGAGUGGCGAAGGCGGCGGCAGCAGCUGGAGCUACGGCGAGGAGCUCGCCCGUAUCCACGACGGCGGCAGCGUGUCGGGUGAAGGUCCGUCUUACGAGCGGCUGCCAGCGGCCCUACGUCGCGAGUGGCUGGGCAAGGCCGGGCAUGGUGCGGCUCCAUCAGUGGUUGGUAGGGCGGCAACGGCCGGCCUCUCAAGCUUAUACCAUGACUGGACGGCGAGCGACAGUGCCGGCGGCAAAUGGGGCUACGAAGAGUUGGGCCGCUUCCACGCCAGCGGCAGCGUGCCGGGCGCUGGUCCGUCGUACGAGGGGCUGCUGGCGGCCGCGCGCCGCGAGGGGCUGUACAAUGCCGAGCGCGGUAGGGCGGCGAUUUACAGCUCCUGGGACGGUGGCGUGCCCUGGCUGCCCCAACGCGGCCAUUCCGGUGGCUGGCUGGACGAGUGA